AAAUGCUGUGACGACACACUAGAACUGAUGUCUCAGCGGAAACUCUGUGUCCUUCACCAAACACCGGCACUUUGACACUACUCAGUUGUUUGACACGUGUUGAUGACGCUGUUUGUUAAAUCAAACACCUAAAGUAAUUUAUUUUGUUUUCAAAUCUAUACAUUUAGAAAGUAAAGGUACUGUAUCCUGAUUAUCAUCAUCAGUUUGAAGUGUAGGACCUUCAACGACUCGAAAUCAUGAUGCCUGUUGUUUGUUUCUUCAUAUUUUGUCUAAUUAAAGGUAACUUGUGUGAGGACUGGUCAGUCUCUCUGCCUCAGGCUUUGGAGGGCCUGAGUGGAACCUGUUUGAAAAUCCCCUGCAGGUUUAACUUGGCCUCAGACUUGGCUCUGAACUUGGAUGAUUCCUGUAGAGCCAUUUGGAGAAGAGGAUACUGGUACCCCACAGUGGUCUUCGAUUCCAGCCUCACAGGAGAAAAUGCAAAGUUAAACAUCCUUCAAGGAAACUUAACGGGGAUCCUGCGUGAGAAGGACUGCACAACCAUCUUCCACAACAUGCCAUCAUACCAUUAUGGGAACCAUUACUUCCGUCUGGAAUGUGAUAACCAGCUGAAGAUCAGCUUUGAAGAAAGUGUCUACAUUAGUGUGCAAGACUCACCACCUCAUCCAACCAUAAUUCCUUUCAGGCUGGAGGUGGAAGAAGGAACUCCUGUGAGGCUGAAAUGCUCUGCGGUGGUGCCCUGUCCUAUUCUGCCUCCAACUCUGACAUGGACUCCAAGUGUUGGAGACACUAACGAGAGUGUGGGAACCAAAUUUGUGACCUCCCUGAUCAACUUCACUUCUUCUUACCUCCACCAUAAACAAAUGAUCUCCUGCAUCGCUCUUUACAACCAACAGUCUGGCCGUGAGCUUCGGUCUGACAAAAGUCUGACCAUCAGUGUUCUAUAUGCGCCUCAGAACACGUCAGUCAGUUUUCAUGGUCCAGUGAGAGAAGGCAAGUGGUUAACCAUGACCUGCAACACUAAUGCAAAUCCAGCUGUGCAUAGCUACACUUGGUACAAACUGAAAGGUGAUCAGGUGAGCCCAGUGGGGUACUUGAAGACAUUUUCCUUCAUGGUUUCUGGAAAUGAUACCCACUUUUACUGCAUGGUCAGCAACAGAUACGGAUCCCAGAACUCAUCGAUCGUGGAGCUGGACAUACAGUUUCCUCCCAGGGAGACCACAGUAACGGUGGACCCCCCUGGUCCAGUGAAGGAGGGCAGGUCUGUUACUCUGCUCUGCAACAGCCAUGCCAAUCCUGUUGUGACCAACUACACCUGGUACAGACAUGGAGCAAAGGCUGAGGCUUUGGGACCAAGCUUGGUGAUAGACAAAGUGGAGCUGAGUCAUAGUGGUGACUACUACUGUGAAGCAAAAAAUGACCUGGGGAGGGACAUUUCAGCAACCUAUGGAUUGGAUGUUCAGUAUCGUCCUAAGAACACCACAGCGACACCUGUCCAGUUUGGUCCAGUGCUGGCCGGCAGCCCUGUGACUCUGAUCUGUACAUGCAUGGCCAAUCCAGAAGCAAAGAACUUUACCUGGUACAGGAUGUUUGGACAACAUAAGGAGGUGGUCGGGUCUGAGAAGUACUUCAGCUUCUACGCUAGUAAGCUGUCAGAGAAUCAGUUUUACUGCGAAGCUCUGAAUGUCCACGGAUCAGAGUUCUCGCAGCCUGCCAGUAUUAAUGUCACAUUUGCUCCAGAGAUCCUGUCCACUUCUCACUGUAUCAAGGGUGCAACAGAGAUCCAGUGUUCUUGUGAUGCCCAUGGAAAUCCACCUCCUUCAUUGCACUGGGAAUUGGCUGGGCAGGCUGUCAAUCAUUCUGCUGAUGUCCAGAUCAAUGAAGUACCUCUGGAGAAGAUGGGCUUGAGGAGCCUCAUCAUCUUCCAUUCACAAGAUGUAAACAUACUGUCUCUAGUCUGCUUUGGCACCAAUUCACUGGGUGCUGACCGUUGGGUGUACAAUGUGACAACCACUCAGUCUACACACGGAAGCCAAAGCCCACUUGUCUUGAUUGGCUCUGCAGUGGCCGCAUUGGGGAUGUUGCUGUUGUGUCUCCUACUGGUUGUGUUGGUAUUCAGGAAAAAGAAAGCCAGCCCUUCCCCUGACAAAGGCAUGGUGGACACGUCAGACUGUUUGGUUGCUGAUGAGGCAAACACUUCACAAGAGGUCGUGUAUGCCAACAGUGAUGUUCUAGUCCAAGAAGGAGGAAUUAAGGAAGACGGUCUCCAUUACGCUGUUGUCAACUUCACUAAACGCCAGGCUGAAUCAGAAGAAACGCUCGGAGAUGUUAGAGGGACGGCUUCCAAUACAACAGAGUACGCCGAGAUCUGCCUCUUGACCCGAGCAGGUAGCAAGAGCGAUACAAAGGCAGGAGAGACAAACGCAAAAAAUGAUGCUAUACAGGAGGAACAGAUGGAAGAACAAGGACAUCCAGUUAGUGAAGAGCCUCCUGAUCAGCCUGAGGAAAACAGGAGACUGUAGCUCAGACACAGGACCAUGAGCACAAGAUUCACUGUCUUCUGACUUCGGCCACUGGGAGGCGAGGCUGAAGAAAAAAAUCUGUGAAGAACAUCUUAAUAUCUGCAGCUGUAAACGCAGCCUAUGCAAUGUGAAUUAAAGGGAUAAAAAUGAUCAUCAUGAUGAAGAGUGUGAC